CAAAUUCCAUAUCACAUUCUCAACAAUGGAGGGGUUCUGGAGAAGCUCCCUGAGAUUUCAAGAGAUGAAGAUGAUUUGGUUAAUGGUGAUGGUGCUUGGAUUGCUUAGUCCAAGAGGAAUUGAGUGCAGAAAAGGCAGGGUUCUGCAGGACUCAUUUGAUUACUUAGCCUUAAGUUGUAGAGCUCACAGUGCAUCGAUAACCGAUUUUGGAGGAGUUGGGGAUGGGAAAACAUUGAACACCAAAGCAUUUAAAGAUGCAAUUAAUCAGCUAAGCCAGUAUUCAUAUAAUGGUGGAGCUCAGCUUUUUGUUCCUGCUGGACAAUGGCUUACUGGGACCUUCAAUCUCACUAGCCACUUCACUCUCUAUCUCCACAAGGAUGCUGUUCUCCUGGCAUCCCAGGAUAUAAAUGGAUGGCCUGUGAUCGACCCCUUACCAUCGUAUGGUCAUGGAAGGGACACAGCUGGUGGAAGGUACAUCAGUCUCAUAUUUGGAACAAAUCUCACUGAUGUUGUUAUCACAGGAGACAAUGGCACAAUAGAUGGUCAAGGUGAUCUCUGGUGGCAGCAAUUCCAUAGGAAAAAGCUCAAGUACACAAGACCCUACCUGAUUGAAAUCAUGCAUUCAGACAAUAUUCAGAUCUCCAAUCUAACUCUUGUGAACUCCCCAGCAUGGAAUGUCCAUCCUGUUUACAGCAGCAACAUUCUUAUACAAGGCAUAACAAUUAUUGCACCAAUUACAUCUCCAAACACCGAUGGCAUCAACCCGGAUUCUUGCACAAACACGAGAAUCGAGGACAUCUACAUUGUCUCCGGAGAUGAUUGUGUGGCAGUUAAAAGUGGUUGGGACGAGUAUGGUAUCCAAUACGGUAUGCCAACAAAACAGUUGAUCAUCAGAAGACUAACCUGUAUUUCACCAUACAGUGCUGCCAUUGCAUUAGGAAGUGAGAUGUCAGGUGGAAUCCAAGAUGUCCGAGCUGAAGACAUCACAGCCAUUCAUACAGAAUCAGGAGUCCGGAUCAAGACAGCCGUGGGACGAGGCGGCUACGUGAAAGACAUCUAUGUCCGGGGAAUGACAAUGCACACAAUGAAAUGGGUGUUUUGGAUGACCGGAAACUAUGGCUCCCAUGCUGACAAUCACUACGAUCCCAACGCGUUACCAGUGAUUCAGGGGGUGAAUUACAGGGACGUGGUGGCGGAGAAUGUGACGAUGGCAGCUAGACUAGAGGGGAUUUCCGGUGAUCCAUUUACUGGUAUUUGCAUAUCGAAUGUAACGAUUGGUUUGGCGAAGAAGGCGAAGAAGGUACCUUGGACUUGUGCCGAUGUUCAGGGCAUCACCAGUGGUGUGGUUCCUCCGCCGUGUGGCUUGUUGCCGGAUCAGGGUCCAGAAAGAGUUGGAAUAUGUGAUUUUCCGGCGAACAAUCUAGCCAUUGACGCGGUAGAGUUACAGAGGUGUUCUUACACGAAUUAUUCGUGAAUUCUAUCAACAUGUUCGAGUGAAAAAAUACUAGUGAACGAGACUCCUACCCACGCGGGAUAUGUGGAGGAUCAGAUACAAGUACCCUUAUCGUUCAGAAAAAAUGAAAACUGUGAUCAACUUGUAAUAAAGUAUCUAUGGAUGAACUACAUUAGGAUCAUGCUUCAACACUCUGUAAAUCACUAUUGCCUGUCGUCAGCUGGUCUUUAUCUUGAUAUAUGUACAGAUCCUGUUGUUUGUUCAACAAUUCCUGAUCUCCGGUGGACCUCUCAGUAGGAUUCAAUCCCGAAUGAAAUUCAGGCCAUCUAUCAAAGAAAAAAGAACGAACAAAUCUUAUAAGAUUCCCAAUAAAUU